CCGGACGGGAGGCGUAUCUCCAUCACCACGUGACCCUUCCAUAACCCGUUCGCGUUCUCCCUAAUCGAUCUGAACUUCCUAUUAAAAUGUGCAGCUCAACGCUAUCCUCUUUGAGCAUUUGGUUAUCCUUUUACCAGAUACAUUCAGUAUUCGGGAUACAACUCAGACCGCUUUGGCCACAGGUGUUUAAAACGCGGCUUUUGGCUGCAGUAAGUUCACAAUCGAGGGGUCUUAAAGAAGUCAGAAUGAGUUUGGGCCGAGAAUCAAGUCCCCGGGCUUGUUUGCAACCCCUCUUCAGACAGUAGGUUGAAACAUACGCAUUCUCGGCUUCUCCUGUCCGUCGAUCAGUAAGAGUGACAAACCCUUUAUGAACUGUCACCGAAUUUUGACAAAUAUCCGGAACCACAUCGGUUCUUCACUU